GACACUAUACAAUAAUAGUCAUCCCAUAGCAGUAAUGCAGUAGCGUAGAUAUCACUACCCAUACUAUCCUUUACCACAGAAUACCACUACUACGAUACCACUCCACAACAACACCUACUAUACCACUAAUCCACCACUCCAUCACUACCAUAGUAACCAUGUUGGUCUGUCCAGUCCUAGUGGUAGCCCUAGGUGCCCUAUGGCCACUGGGCUGGACCCAUACUAGACUGGACUCACUGAGCCAAGUGACUGGGCACUACCACGGUACUACAUGGGCCAUGGCAGAGAAAGUGACUCAAGGGGAUGAUCCUGAUGAGGAGGUAGUGCUAGUGGAAGGUACUACUAGUGAUGAAGCGGCAAAGAACAAGGAGAGUCAGAAGGGGUGGAAGGAGUGCUGCAAAGAUAGAUGUAGGGAUUGGGGUAUACUUGGAGUAGUACUGGUGAUAGCAGUAGUGGCAGGAUUCGUGGCAGCAGCUAAGUCGGCUUGGUGGGCUGGUCUAAUACCAAUUGUGAUAGUGUUAGUGUCGAUAACAGCAGUUGCUAUUAUACAAAACUGGAGCUACAUAAAGGAUAAGUGUAUUUCACAACGCAGUGGGUUGUCUUUGAAAAAGAUGGGUGCUAAUAAUGUAGAUUAACUAACAUCAUCUAACGUGUGCGUAC